AUGUAUGUCGCUGUCUCUCUCAUUAUGGUCGGUCUGUGUGGCCUCGUGUCCGAUAUCGUUGGCGCCAAGCCAGGUAUCCGUGAGACGGCUCCUGAGUUUUCCUCGUGCCGUAUCAAUGAUCGUGUCUAUCAACAUCUGGAGAGAACCCCUGACCCUUGCAACAGGUGUUGGUGCUCCAAUGGAGUGGAGGCAUGCAACAGACGAGGCUGUCCAUCUGAUUUAAGACCUCAAGGCAGAGCUCCGUGUGUCGUUGGCGACAGAGUUUACCCGCACGGACAGAGAACAGGAGAUCCUUGUGACAGAUGUCAGUGCUUCAAUGGGCAUGAACUGUGUACCCUUAACAUGUGUUACAUUGAUGGCGUCCCAGUGUAA